UGGUACCUGUUCAACUUCUGCAAAUACUCUUCUGUCGCCUCAUGCCAGCUCAAUCAAAAACAACAUGGAUAUGAGAGAGACUCCCAGUAGAGCGCUGCGAUCAACCCGACCGUGAACGUUUGAUCUUUUCUUCUUCUGUUGAGGACAUAAAAGACGCGAAUCAGUAUUCUCACCUGGAUCUAUGCGCCCGUCAGGUAACGCUGGUUUCACGGAGCCAGUCUCGGGAACAAGUUAUCUUAAAAAUAGCUCACCCUUCCAAGAUCAACAGGCUACCAAAAGAAUAGGGUUCACCAUUACCACCUCCUCCGGCCCCCUCAUUUUCCAGCGUCAUGAGUGUUCAACCACGGAGGAUCCGUCUGAAGCCAUGGCUGCUGGCACAGAUUAACAGUGGGAAAUACCCUGGAUUGCAUUGGCUUAAUCAAGAGCACAGGCUGUUCCGGAUCCCAUGGAGACAUGCCACCCGCCAUAUGCCAACACUGGAAGAGGAGAACACUAUAUUUAAGGCUUGGGCUCUGGAGACAGGAAAGUAUCAGGAGGGAGUGGACGAGCCAGAUCCAGCCAAAUGGAAAGCCAACCUCCGCUGUGCACUAAACAAAAGCCGAGAAUUCAGUCUCCACUAUGAUGGCACUAAGGACACCCCCGUCCUGCCCUAUAAGAUCUAUGAGGUGUGCGACCAGUCUGUCAAUGGAGAUGCAGGAGAGGACGAGGAAGAGGAGCUGCCAAACUUUGUCAACCUCUCCAUUGAUCCGAGAGCUGGUGAACCUCCCAGUUACCCUGCAUACCCUCCUAGAGUUGAUGUUCCAUUCACCUCUCCUAUUGGCGACAGCUUUAAUCCCACUCAUCAUAACCCUCCAAUGAACAUUUUAGAAGUAGUCCAUAAUAACACAAAUGGAGGUGCUCCUAUGACCACUCAUCUUACCCAGCCUGGUAAUGCCCCUCAUGAAUUUCCCAGUCAUGGUCCAGUCAAAGUGGAGCAGGGGACAUAUCCUGUUCAUGGUGGAGGACUUCUGAAUGAUUUGGGAAUGGAGACUGGAGUCAUACCCCCUUCUGUCCUUCAAGAUGUAGUUUCUCAUUCUGUUGGCCCUCCAGCCAUAGUGGACAGCCCAAUGCAAGAGGUGCCAGCCCAAGUGGAAAACCAGAUCCAUCCCUGUAUCUCUGAAUUGCUGAGCAGUCCUCACAUGUUGCCCUUAACUGAUCUUGAUAUCAAGUUCCAGUACAGAGGUCGGAUAGCUGGUUCUUUGACUGUCAGUAACCCUCAGGGUUGUAGACUUUACUACGGUAACCUGGCACCCACUCCAGAGCAAGUGGAGUUGUUCGGUCCAGUCACACUGCACCAGGUGCUGUUUCCCGGAACCGUUGAGAUCCAAAAUGAAAAGCAGAGGUUCUACACUGAUCAUCUGCUGGACGUGAUGGAUCGAGGGCUGAUUUUGGAGAUCAGGGGACAAGAUAUAUAUGCCAUCAGGUUGUGCCAGUGUAAAGUGUUCUGGUCUGGGCCAGGUGUACUCGAGCAGGGUCCGCCCAAUCCAAUGGAGCGGGAAAAGAAGAUCAGGGUGUUCAGUCUGAAUAACUUCCUCCAAGGUCUUAUCACGUAUCAGAAGGGGGAGGCGCCCACUCCACCUCCCUUUGAGAUCUACUUCUGCUUUGGUGAGGACUGGCCGGAUAGAAAGCCCAAAGAAAAGAAGCUCAUCAUUGUCCAGGUUGUUCCAGUGGUCGCAAGAAUCCUGACUGAGAUGUUUUCAGGCGAGCUCUCCUGGUCUACAGACAGCAUUCGGCUCCAGAUCUCCAACCCCGACUUGAAAGACCAGACGGUGGAGCAAUUCAAAGAGCUCCAUAGACUGUUGCAGAGCCAAAAUGCUCAUGCCACCUGGGCUCAGAACAUCCACUAACUGGGGCUUCACCCAGAGAUCAUUACUUAAAGCUUCUCUACUGAAAGUUGAAACCGUUUCAGCUAUUUCCACGACCAACAGUCUUAUUACACGGCAUUGAACCGAUCUAGAGAAAAGUUGGUGUAAUGCCUGCUCUUUGAACACUUGUGUAUAUAUAGGUGCCCUCACUGCUGCCUUAAUGAAAACAUAGCCAAAAUAAUUUCCAUUGGAGAACCCUUGAUGUCUCAUGGAUUUUCCUUCAUGAACUAUUUUUGUUGUUUUCUCUGUAAACUGGUCUUUUAAAUAUUUCAAUAAAUACCAAUGCAGUAUUUUUAAUAGUCA